AUAGAUAAAGAUGAAGUGAAUUUGACAAAGGAGGAGUUCAGAAGGCGAUCAUUUUCUGUUGUUACAGUUGGUAUCUUUAGAGGCUUAAGAGUAGCUGUCAAGUCACUUUACGAUGAUGUCAUAUCAGAUGAAAAUGUAGCUCUCUUCACCAGGGAAAUGAGUAUAGUAUCACGAAUACGUCAUCCUAACCUGGUCCAGUUUUUUGGUGCAACCAAGGUGGGUAGUCCUCUCAUUGUGACUGAGCUGAUGAGCACUAACCUCCGAAAAGAGCUUCCAAAGACCUCAUUAAGGAAGCAGCAGAUUCUCAGUAUUGCUCAAGAUGUAGCUUUAGGUCUCAACUACCUUCACCUUUUUAAGCCUCAGCCCAUUAUUCACAGAAAU